CCUCCAUCUCCAUCUCGAAAUCAGAGGCGCGCCACGCGUCAGGCAGUGGUGAAAGUUACGUUGAAGCCUGCAUGGAGUGAGAGGUGUGGUGUUGAGUCCCCACUAAAGACGAGGGGGGAGAGAGAGAGAGAGAGAGAGGGAGAGAUGCUUAAAUAGAGGUUGAAGGGAGCGGAGGGGAAGGGAAGGGCUUCAAUUCAAUCUUCAUUUUGCCUGUCGGCCCAGAGAAAGGGGGGAGAGAGAGAGAAAGACAGAGAGGCUCGUUGCCUGUAUAUCCCCCGAGGAUCACACUCGAUUAAGACCAUGGGAGCUGGUGGACGAAUGUCUGUCCCAACAACCAAUGAUAGAAAGAAGAACCCGCUCGACAGGGUCCCUCACUUGAAACCACCAUUCACGCUUGGCGAAAUCAAGAAAGCAAUCCCACCUCACUGCUUUAACCGGUCUGUGAUCCGCUCAUUCUCUUAUGUUGUCUAUGACCUCACCCUGGCCCUCCUUUUCUACCAUGUUGCCACCUCUUACUUCCAUGUCCUCCCACUGUACUUCCAAUAUGUUGCAUGGCCCAUCUACUGGACAGUUCAAGGUUGCAUUCUCACUGGUGUCUGGGUCAUUGCUCACGAAUGCGGUCACCAUGCAUUCAGUGAUUACCAAUGGGUGGAUGACACAGUUGGCCUCAUCCUCCACUCUGCCCUUUUAGUUCCUUACUUCUCUUGGAAAUACAGUCACCGCCGGCAUCAUUCCAAUACUGGUUCACUUGAUCGUGAUGAAGUUUUUGUCCCCAAGCCCAAAUCAGACCUCUCAUGGUAUUUCAAGUACUUGAACAACCCAUUGGGAAGACUUCUCACUCUUGUAAUCACACUCACUCUUGGGUGGCCCUUGUAUUUGGCCUUCAACGUAUCUGGAAGGCCUUAUGAUCGUUUUGCCUGUCACUUCGACCCAUAUGGUCCAAUUUACAACGACCGAGAAAGGCUUCAAAUUUACAUUUCUGAUGUUGGUAUCAUAACUGCCAGCUAUAUUCUCUAUCGAAUUGCUCUGGUGAAAGGGCUGGCUUGGCUCGCCUGUGUCUAUGGGGUUCCUCUGCUUAUAGUGAAUGGUUUCCUUGUGAUCAUCACCUAUCUGCAGCACACUCACCCAUCUCUUCCUCACUAUGACUCGUCGGAAUGGGAUUGGCUGAGAGGAGCUUUGGCCACUGUGGAUAGAGAUUAUGGAGUGCUAAACAAGGUCUUCCACAAUAUCACAGAUACGCACGUAGCUCACCAUCUCUUCUUCACCAUGCCACACUACCAUGCGAUGGAAGCAACUAAGGCGAUCAAGCCCAUUCUCGGGGAGUACUAUCAAUUCGAUGGCACUCCAUUCUACAAGGCGAUGUGGAGGGAGGCGAGAGAGUGCCUCUACGUGGAGCCAGACGAGGAUGACCCCGCCAAAGGUGUGUUCUGGUAUAGAAACAAGUUUUGAUACGGCUGAUGCCAUAUGAAAUAGGUGUCAGAUGUGUUUGCUGAUUGCAUCUGCAUCUGCAUCUCAGUUGAGUAUUGAGUCUCCUAAAUAUAUUAUGUAACUUUCUCCUGUCUUCUCUGGUUGAGCUGCUGCUUCCUGCUUCCAGUUUCCAUUCGGUAUGUAUUGAAGUUGCAAGGAACCUCUAGUUUUCUUUUAGUGUUGUUAUGUACCAGCAACCAGUCACUACUCACUUUGUAGGAAUCUCUUUCCUCUUGUUUGAAUGCCAAAUUUUGAAAUGC